AUGCCCGCAAAAAAGACCCCAAAGAGCGGCGGCGGCGGCGCCGCCGCCGCGCCCUUCACCUACUGCGUCGGCAGCCCGACCUUCCGCCCGGAUGAGUACGCCGACGACGCCGCCCGCCGCGAGAGGGCCAACGAGCUCCUCACCAGGGACGACCUCUACGGCGCCACCGUCGUCUCCUUCAACCUCCCCGCCGCCGACACCUACGUCUACCACGCCAUGACCGCCGUCCGCCUCGCCGAGGUCCAGCGCGUCGUCGCCAUGGGCGGCGUCAAUGGCCUGCACGCCUGGUACCGCGACGACGAGGGGAAGCCGCUCGACCCCCCGCCACGCGCCGACAUCGACGCCUACACCCAGAUCUUCUCCCCCGCGACCCAGACCUCCUCCGCCCUGUCCUCCUUCCGCGCAAACGCCAAAAAGUCCUCAGUCCGCUCCCGCGUCGCCGACCACCUCCUCGCCCGCCGCUACGUCCACCCGGCCCUCGCCGCCCUCCUCGCCGUCCCCAAGUCCAAGAAGCCCGCCUCCCUGCCGCCGAACCCCUACCUCGACUUCUGGGCCUGGUCCUGCCGCAACCUCGAGUGGUGCGGCCCGCUCCCCUGGGCCCAGGGAGACCGCCUCCAGAGCCACCACGUGCUCCCCAUCUUCAUGCACCACUUCGGCUGCGCCACGCCCACCCACGAGGCCCUCGUCGUCCUCAGGACCCUCGCCGCCGGCCGUGCCGUCGCCGACAUCGGCUCCGGCAACGGCUACUGGUCCCACAUGCUCCGCGCCUACGGCCUGCAAGUCCACCCCGUCGACAACAUGCAGUCCGAGUGGCGCGUCAACUGGGUCCCCGACACCCUCGUCUCCGACGGCGUCGCUUUCCUGCGCGCCCGCGACCACGGCAAGGACCUCGUCCUCCUCCUCGUCUACCCCGUCGUCGGCGGUGGCGUCGCCGGCGGCACCGAGGGCUCCUUCACCCGCGGCCUCGUCGACGCCUUCGCCGGCGACACCUUCGCUGUCGUCGGUACCCAGAACCGCAACGGCUACACCGCCUUCCGCGACAUGACCGUUGACGAGUACAUGAGGCGGGAGCAGCCCGCGUGGAAGAAGGUCGUCCAGAUCCCGCUGCCAAGCUUCGCCGGCAAAGACGAAGCCCUGUUCGUGUUCCAGAGGGGGGACAGAGCGCCCAAGGAUGUUGCCGAGGACGAGGACAAGGCAUAG